GAAGCUCUAGAAUUAAGACAACUUUACAGAGAACUAAGGGAGAAUAAAAAGAAGAAUCAGAUGAUUAUCUCUAAAAGUACCUUUAACAAAGACAAUCUCUACGUCAAUGAUAAUGUUAAGGAAAAUGAGAUAAAUGCAAUGUCAAAAGAUUCUAAUAAUAAUACAGAAGAAGAAUACAUGUCUCAAACAGAUGAGAAUGACUUGGAAGAAAUGAUUGAAACGGAAAAAAGUUUUGCAGAAGCAGUACAAGAUGUAUCCACUGAAUUUGAUGAAAUCCAGUUUAAUAGUUUAUCUCAAAAAACAACAGACAUGAUGGAAAUAAACAGAAAUUCAGAGAAACAAACCACACUAAAAAGUACUGACCAGCCAGAUAAAGAUGGGUUCAUACCAAAAAGCAAGAACACAGAGCCUAAAAGGCUUAAAUCUCCAAUAACUUUUAAGACAAGAGAUAACCAGAGAAUGGCUACAAGGCUCGAUUAUAUCUUUAUAGAAGAUCAGUAUGUGCAAAAUUGUACAUUAACUUAUAUGAGAUUUGGAAAUUCUGAUCACCUCUUAGUAGAAAGUGAGUUAAACUUUGCCAAGAUUUCUUUAAAAGCUGCAUACUGGAAAUUAAAUAUAAAAAGCUUGGAGAAUGCCCAUAUAACAAGUGCCCCUUCUAAGGCCCCAGAGAGUAGUAUUAAUAAGCAGAGCAAAAAAAUUACUAAUUUAGAAUGUAAAAUCGCAUGCGGGGAGGUAAACCCGAACCUAGAGUUAAUGGUAGAACAAUAUAAAAGAAAACUACAAGAUGAACUCACAAAUUUGGCCAACAAAUGGCAAAUUAGAUCUGGGGCAUGUUGGCUCGAGGAAGGGGAAAAGUCAACCAAAUGUUUCUUUAUGAGAUAUAAGCUCUGA